AUGUUCGUGGUACGAGGGACCAGUACAUGGAGCCUUUGUAGGCACUCAUAUGACAGUAAAUGGCCUGUUCUCAGGGGCUAUUCCACAAAGUCAUAUGAUCCUCUCCGGAUUCUCUUUUGCGGCUCCGACGAUUUCAGCAUUGCGUCCUUAAGAGCUCUCCAUGCCUAUCAUUUGAAGCAACCAAGUCGAAUCGCCUCCAUAGAUGUGGUUUGUCGACCAGGUAAAAGGGUCGGAAGAGGGUUGAAAAAGAUUCGAGAGGUACCGAUCAAGGAGGUGGCAUCUGCUCUUUCACUCCCAAUUCAUGAAAUCGAUACAUUCACAGGCUUCCGCGGCCCAGCGCCCCUGCACCAUACUCUUUUAGCAGGAAGAACGACGACUGGUGUAACACUUCAGACACUACACCAUAAGAAUUUUGACCAUGGAAUAAUUAUUUCUCAAACGCCGCCUCCUGGAUUCGAUAUUCCCAACCCAGAAUCCUGUACUGUACCCCAGUUACUGGAUCUAGUUGCACCGAAAGGAGCUCAAUUACUUGUGGAUGGUAUCAAGAACGGACUUUUUGUGCCACCAUUGAGAGACGCUGGAUGGAGCUCCCAUGAAAGUGAAAAUCCACUCAUACAUGCUGCUAAAAUCAAGCCCGAGGACCGACACGUUGAUUGGGCCAAUUGGACCCUAAUGGAUUUCAAUCGUUGUAACCGAGUCCUUGGGUCUCUUUGGAGCAAGGCUCUUGUUUCCACGAACCAUGCAGAUGGAAACCCCUCCUUUCAGCAAAAACGGGUAAUUCUGACAGACAUUGAGGAAGUUGAUCCACCUAAAGGAUCGGAAAUUUUCUCGGUUGUCCCAGGACUCCCUUUCGUGAAUGCCCCUCGCCCGGUUGAGCCAAAAAAGAACCGAGCUCUUUAUGUGUUUACUCGCGAUAGCAAGGUACUGCGUGUCAAUCAGAUGAAAGUGGAGGGUGAGCCCGUCGCCGAGGGACUUCGCGCUGCAAUUAAAGCUCGCAUGUUCGGCGACCAAUCGUUUCGAUCCGGUGGUGCCGAAUUUACUACUUUCCGCAAUCCUCUUACAUGA